UGGAAAACUAAACCAUUCUAAAUUUUUCUAUUAUUCAUAAAAUGAAAGUCAUCUAGAUCAAAAAGUGAUUUGAUCGCUGAAGAGGUUCCUUCGUAACUUUCGCUAAUGAAAUAGAUUGUUAUUAAAGGUAGAUAUGUUCAGUGUUGAUUAUAAAUUACAGAAUCAUAUGGUUGGUGAGAAAUUUUCUUGAAACAUGUAUAAUGGUGACCUCCUCCAAUCUUGCUGAAAAAUAUACGUUCUUAUUCAGCAGAAUUUCAGUAUUUUUUUUUUGUUCACCCUAAAUUCGAUCAGUUUAGUGAAAAUCUUCUAAUAUCGGUGUUCUGAGUCAUUGACUUUCCAUCUAGGAGUGGGAUGUCAUUCUAUUUUUGAAAAAUGUUCAUUCUACGCUUCCCUUGUCUUCAGUACAAAAGCCUGGAAUGGUUGGGUUUUUGACGCCUUCGUUCUCAAGAUGAAUUUUUCAACAAAAAGAUAUGGUUCCACAAAAUCGAUUUUCGAGCUUUGCCUGAACAAAGACACAUAGAAGAAUUUCAAAUAAUAAAUAUCUCAGGACAGGAAACAUCAAAAGAUCUGAUGGAAACUACACCUUUUUGUUAAAAAAUUCAUCUCGAGAACGAAAUCUUUGGAAACCGAACAAUUCUACACUUAUCUAUUAUACUCAUUAAUACUAAUUAAAUAAACAUUGUUCCGAUAGCUAAGUAAUUUGAUAUCUAUAAAGAUUCUCUAGUGAUUUAUGCCUCAGAACACCUUUAAGUAUAUACUCAUGUAUUAGAUUAAUAAAAUGACGUAUCAUUGACGAGUAAUUUCUAUGUCUUUUUGAGAAAUUUCAUCUUAACUGACAAAGAUACUUUUCGUCAAUUCGAAAGUAAAGAUAAUUCAUCAAAGGUAUAAACAAAAAAAAAAAAAAGAAACGUCUAUCAUCAACUCACUUGUUACUUAAUGUUUUCUUUUAUUCAAAUCUUUCAUAAUGAUGUAAUAGAGAUGAUCAUAUACGCUCACACACAUAUGUUUAUUUGAAGGUAAACCGACAGAUUGUAUCUAUGGUUCAUCAACAGAUUGUUUAACGAAUAACUCAGCAAACACUGGUCGAACGAGUUAUUCAAAUAAACAAUUGACUGUAUGAAUAAAAAAUUUCUCUUCAUUAUUUUGUUUUUAUAUUUUGAAAAUUUAUUUUAAUUUAGGAAUUGGAAAAAGAAUUUCAUUUCAGUCGUUAUUUAACACGAGCAAGACGUAUUGAAAUAGCUACAUUAUUACAAUUAAAUGAAAAUCAAGUGAAAGUAAAAUUUUAUUUUUUGAUAUUAUUCAAAAUAUAA